AUGAGGAUCCGUAAGCAUGCAUCGAGGGUUAUCUCCUCUCCAUCGAUUCCGAACCCAUCUUGCGCUGGCGGAUGUGCUGCUGCGGAGAUGGCGGCGGCUUAUGACCUGGAGAUGAGUCUAUGCGAGCUGAACCAGUCACCGUGGGACACGCUGCCUCCGACGCCCCCAGAGGGUGGCUCCGGCCAUUACUUCCAGGUCAGAUCUGAUCGAGCUGGUCACCUCCUCUUCCGUUCUUCGAUAGAAUUAGUCGGAAUUAUAGGAAUGCUUGACCCUCAAAGAUUAUUCCUCCCUAGGGUUCUUCUUUUUCCUGUUCCCCGCUCCGAAGAGGGGGGGAGGGGAGAGUUUCUCUUGCUAGGGUUUUACUUCUUCGGGACGGAGGAGCAGAAUAAACCCAAAAAAAAUUUCGAUCCGAUUGAUCCGGUGCUUCCAUUCCUUGCCGAACCGUUCUAG